AUGGUGGAGGGUGCGGUGGUGGCUGAGGCGACGGCGAAGGAGGCGAAGAGGAGGAAGAAGAAGAAUCUGUUUGACGUGGCGCAGUUCCUGCCGGAGUGGGGCAUCGGAUACAAGGUUGCCAAGACCACCUGGCGCGACGUCUCCUAUCAGAUCACCAAGAUCAACCUGUACAAGGACGGUCGGCAUGGAAAGUAG